ACAGUACCUCUCAGGCGGGGACGACUGGCGGUGGUACUACGACACCGAUCGAGGAGGCGACCCUUCCCGAAAUGAAUACAACAGAUGCAGAUACUACAACACGACCCGCAGACAGUACAUCUCAGUUUGGGACGGCCAGCGGUGUUACUACGACAGCGGUCGCGGAGGCCACCACUGCCGUGGCGGACACGACAACGACAGGUGCCGUCACUACAACACCGCCCGCAGACAGUACCUCUCAGGCGGGGACGACUGGCGGUGGUACUACGACACCGAUCGAGGAGGCGACCCUUCCCGAAAUGAAUACAACAGAUGCAGAUACUACAACACGACCCGCAGACAGUACAUCUCAGUUUGGGACGACCAGCGGUGUUACUACGACAGCGGUCGCGGAGGCCACCACUGCCGUGGCGGACACGACGGUUGCCAUUACAACAGCACCUCCUGGUGACAGCACAUCUCAGGUAGGAGCGAUUGGUGGCGCUACGACGACAGCGGCCGAGGAGGCCACCACUCUCGUGAUGGAGGCGACAGGUGCCGUCACUACAACACCGCCCGCUGACAGUACCUCUCAGGCGGGGACGAUUGGCGGUGGUACUACGACACCGAUCGAGGAGGCGACCCUUCCCGAAAUGAAUACAACAGAUGCAGAUACUACAACACGACCCGCAGACAGUACAUCUCAGUUUGGGACGACCAGCGGUGUUACUACGACAGCGGUCGCGGAGGCCACCACUGCCGUGGCGGACACGACGGUUGCCAGUACACUGCACCUCCUGGUGACAGCACAUCUCAGGUAG